AUUGAGUGUGGUUUUGUAGUUGGGAGUUGGGACCGUGUGGAUCACUGGAUGUCCAGAAUCGAUCCAAAAGUAGCUUCCUCAAACCUUCUACCACCUACGUUCCUCCUUUCUAGGAAUUCCAACUCAAACUCAGCGUUGUUAAUUCUGAUUUUCCACGAAAGGUCCGAUGAAAUUGUUGUUGUCUCUCAUCCUCCUCUUCACUCUCUUCUUGCCUUUCGCCUCUGCCUCCGACACCUCCGAUCUGUUCGAAAGGUGGUGCAAGGAACACGCCAAAACCUAUUCUUCCGAGGAAGAAAAACGCUACAGGUUCCGUGUGUUCGAGGACAACUAUGCCUUUGUCUCGCAACACAACCACAACGCCAAUGCUAACAAUUCCACCUACACUCUCUCCCUCAACGCAUUCGCCGAUCUCACCCACCAUGAAUUCAAAACCUCACGCCUUGGCUUUUCCCCUUCCAUGCUUCGAUUCAAGCGGCUUCAGAAUCAACAACCCCAUCAGCUUCUACACCUUCCUUCUGAGAUCGAUUGGAGACAGAGUGGCGCUGUUACACCUGUCAAAGACCAAGGAGCCUGCGGUGCAUGUUGGGCGUUCUCAGCUACUGGUGCAAUUGAAGGUAUAAAUAAGAUUGUUACUGGGUCUCUUGAAAGCAUUUCUGAGCAAGAAUUGGUAGAUUGUGACACAUCCUACAACAGUGGUUGUGAAGGUGGACUCAUGGAUUAUGCAUACCAAUUUAUCAUUGACAACAAAGGGAUUGAUACAGAGGAUGAUUAUCCAUAUCAAGCUCGGCAACGGCCUUGCAAUAAGGACAAGUUGAAAAGGCGUAUUGUUACAAUUGAUGAUUAUGCUGAUUUGCCUUCGAACGAGGAAGAGAUACUAAAGGCCGUUGCUUCACAGCCUGUGAGUGUAGGCAUAUGUGGUAGUGAUAGAGCUUUCCAGUUGUACUCACAGGGUAUCUUCUCCGGACCAUGUUCAACUGCUUUGGAUCAUGCAGUAUUGAUAGUAGGUUAUGGUUCAGAAAAUGGAGUUGAUUAUUGGAUUGUAAAGAACUCAUGGGGAAAAUAUUGGGGAAUGAAUGGUUACAUACACAUGAUACGGAACAGUGGCGAUUCCAAAGGGAUAUGUGGAAUCAACACAUUAGCUUCAUAUCCUAUCAAGACCAAUCCUAAUCCUCCUCCUCCCCCAGCUCCUGUAAGAUGUAAUCUGUUCACUCACUGUUCAGAAGGAGAAACAUGUUGUUGUGCCACGAGCUUUCUUGGAAUAUGCUUUUCUUGGAAAUGCUGUGGGUUAACUUCUGCUGUGUGUUGUAAAGACAGGCGGCACUGUUGCCCCCAGGAUUAUCCAAUUUGUGAUACAAAAAAGAGCCAAUGUUUAAAGAUUACAAAUGGGACCACAGCAAUCACAUCAGGAAAUCAGGAUUUCUCCAACAAGCCAAGAGGUUGGAAAUCUCAUUGAAGUUUUUUCAACACCAUCCAUUUGUAUGAUUCAUAGUUGCUAUCCUAUUUAUUUGUGUUAAUGGGUUAUUUUAUCACGGGUAGCCUAUUAGCGCUCAAAAGGAAUCAAGUGUUGACAAAUGGAUUAUAUUCGAUAUUGUGUAAGGAUAUUGAUUGGAUAAGCAUGUAGGGAAUGCUUGUACAACCCGAAUAGCAUAUCGUUCUAUUAUAGAGGAAACGUUUUUGUUUUAGCUACAA